AUGCUGGACGUGGCAAGGAGCAUGGCGCGUCUACCUUCGCCUAGCAAUAGAUGGACGGAUGCUCCCACUCAGCUCGUCUCAUCGCGUCUCGAGCAAGGCGCUCGACUCGGCUCAACUCCCUCCAGUAGCAUCGAUUCCACCGCUUCCACCUCGCGCUGGCCGGAAAGCUCUCUCCGCACUCAUCACGAUUCGUCGAAUGCGCCUCCGCCUGCACGCCUCGAACGUGCAGAGAGCUUCAUGAGUACCGCUUCCGCGUCCUCCGCCGUCUUUGCCAACGCCACCAUCACAAAGGCAAGCACCGCCACCAUCCGCAAAUUUGGGCCCUCUGACGCUGCCGCCAAACCCAUCCGCUAUACCACCGCAAAGUCUAGACACGAUCAGGGAUCCAUCACACCUUCGUCAUCCAUAGGGCGCAUCGGAUCGCAAACCACCGACACCACCGAGUACCAGACCUCGCCCGUCUCAGCUGCCGACCGGUCUCACACCACCGUCACCACCAGCUUUGACACUACCGUCCGCACCCCCGAAGAUCAUCAACUCCAUCAUGCUUUCACCAAGUUCGGCUCCUCAUCCGUAUCUGCUUCAACAUCGUUUGAUGCAGUGAAUAUGCAUCUGGCGCAACCAAAAUCGUUCUUCUCCGACUCGUUGUCCGGCGACGAGUCGACUCGUUCCCUGCCCACCACUACGAGCCCUCGCCGCACACCUCUUGAUUCAGACAUGCUCGGCCUCGCCUCAAUCCCAGUGGCGGGCUCGCGAAGAGGCUCCGACAAUGCCAACAGCGAGCUCGUACCCAACGGAUCGUACCAUCCAGCAAUGUCCCGCACCUCCUCGUACCAGAGCGCCAUGUCCUCUCUCGCCAACUCUGCCGAAUCGCUUCCGCAUCAACAUCGCAACUUCACGAAGUCGCCGGCAGGUGCCAAGCACGGCUUGGGUAUUCAGACUCGAGGUCCUCCUUCUACCUCUUCGCAGAUCGCAGAACCACCCCUUGUUGCUGCCCGCUACCUUCCUGGCCCCGCUCUUGAAGUAGUCCACGAAGCACGGGAGUCACCGUACUUGGGCAGUCGCGCGAGUCAGUCCGCCUCGACCCCAGAUAUGCGUGCGCCAUCAGCUUUGACCAUCUCGACUUCUCUGCCGCUCAGCACCGAGCCCAUAUGGGGCGAAAGCUCCUCGGCUGGCCCCCAUGUCCCUACCGACCCAAACUUUGGAGCCAUGGCCUCGUUUUCCUUUCCUUCCCCGGCUUUAACGUCGGCAGGUCCUCAGUCAAUGUCGAGAAAUUUUGCUCACUCUGGCUCCCUUUCCGCGAAGUUCCCCCGAUCGCCCGGCAGCGCUUUCCACUCUUCCAAUCCAUCCAUUCAAUCCUCCAUGUCCAACAUGAAUGGCAGGCAAGCCUUGUCGUCGUCCAGACCAAGCGAUGCAGGUCUCCUCCAAGCUUCUAGUUGGUCUCAUGCUCCUCCCUCAUCUUACGGCGGCUCGGUCAUUAGCUCUACGGCGGGCACCUCAGCAAUGGGCUUCUCCAGCCUCAAUCCCAACAACCGAGAAGACAUGCUCCAGCGACUUUUGUUGGAUCAGGCUCGAGUCGACUGUCAAGAAUACGGCACUCUCAGCUUGGAAGAGGUGGCAGAAGCAAAGCGCGAGCUCAAACACGUCGAGCGCAAACUUCAGAGCCUGCGUACCAAGCUCAAGGUCGAGAUUAAGAUCCGAGACGCUGCCAUCGCCUUGCGCAAGGCCCACCGAACCACAGCUGCAUCUGCGAACUCUCCCACUUCCUCGGCCAAUCUCGCCGUUUCGCCCACCUCGCCACGUUUUCCCAACACGCUUGCAUCCGCUUCCACAUCUUCCUCUUCCUCUUCCUCCUCCUUCGCAGCUCGAAGUCGCGCCUUCAGCAUCUCUGCCAGCGAGGCUAAAGCAGACGAAGACGUUGCCCUAGCCACCGCCAAGGUCGACAAGGUUGCCAACGAGCUCUUCAAAUGGUCCGACCGCGCCACUACCCUUCGUCGCAAGCUUCUCGAACAUCAGGCCGCCACCCUCUCGGAACGCGUCCAGCAUCUCGAGUCCGAUCGUCAGGUCAUGGAAGAGAAGCUGCCAUUUCUCACUGCCUCUGCUUCCUUUGAAUCGCUUGCACCUUCGGCAUCAGCCUCCGCCAUCGGCAUUGCACGCUAUCGAGACGCUGGUCAUCGUUACCAGCAGUCUGCAGACGAGCCUUACAUGCCAAGGGGGGCUGACGAUCCGCUUCGCCACAAUCGUCUCGAAUCGGACCUCAGCGCCAUCAGCGGUUUCAGCUUCCUCGACGCCCCCGCCCCGGAAAAGCUGCGUCGUCUCGGCGAAGAGCUCGAAAAGAAGCGCGAACUUGUCCGCAAGCUCGAAUUGGACCUCGACUCCGCCAGAGAUGCAGCACGCCGCAAGGAUCAAACCUCGGACCGACUCACACAGCAGCUCGAAGAGCAGUCGCGCGAACGCAGCCGUGCCGUCGAAGAGCUGCGUGCACUCAACCAGCAGCUCAGUCGACAGGACGAGCUAACGCGCCAGGCCAAGGAACACGCUGUCAAGGCUGCCACCGCCGACGUUGAGCAGAGGAUGCAAAAGCAGUUUGAGCAAAAGGAGGACGCCCUGGUCAACGCAAAGGCAGAAGUCAUGGCCGCUCAGCGCUCGCUCGCAGAUAUUCAAUCUCGCUUGGACGCUCCCGAAAAGGAUGCAAAGGCGCUUCAGUUCCGUGCAGAAUCCGCUGAAAGGGCAUUGGACGAGCACAAGCGCAAACUGGAGGAUGUGCAGGGCGAAUCGAAGCGACAGCGUUCUUUAGGCACGCAGGACCUUGCCUCGCUUCAAGCAGAGCUUGUCGCCGCCAAAGCAGCGCAAGCAAAGAGUGACACAUUGGCAAGGGAACGUGCUGGAAUGAUUGCGGAGCUCGAAAAGCAGCUCAAGCAGACACGAAGCACACUCGAUGCCGAGAAGCAGACCCUGGCGGCCGACCACGCUGCUGCCACAAUGGCCUUGGAGAAGCAGCUCAACCAACUUCGAAGCGAACUCAGUGCCGAGAAUCGCAGGCGCGCUGACGCCGAGGAGCAGCUCACCGUGUCCCACAAAAAGACCGUCGACAUGCAGUCACGAGCAGACCAGGCCGACAGCAAGUUGCGAGAACUUGAGCUCGCAGUGGGCGCAGAGCGUCGCAUCAUGGCCGAGCGUGAUGAGCUCUUUCAUGCCUUUGAGCGUCGUCUCGAAAGCGCAGAAAAGCGUCUGCAGGAGCAGGACAAGCGAUGUGCAAGGAUGCUCGGCAAGCUCGAGGGCCGCGAAGAGAUGGACGAUCUGCUCGAGCGCAUCAAGGCAGGUGCUGCCGGCGUCGCAAAGAAGCAGAAGACGGCGGGUCAGGACAUUGCAGGUCUGCUCUCGAGUCUCGAGACGCACAUCGGAGACCUCGAGCUCGAGCUUGCACGUGCCAAUGCGCAGAUCUCGGGCUCAUCACGUGACAGCACUACAGCCUCGGAUGCACCUGCAUCUACUUCGCACGACGUCCAGCUCGAAGCCAGUAUUAAGGAAGUGCAAAAAUGGAAGGAGGAAGUGGAGCGUCUUGAAGAGCUGCUCCAGUCAGAGAAGGGCAAACAGGCGGAGGCGCCAGCACAGGACCGGGCAAGAUUACAGGAGCUCGAAGCCGAAGUGCUGGCACUGUCUGAGGAGAAGAAGAGCGUCAAGCUUGAGCAAGAGGCACGAAAUUCGCAGCUCGAGACCGACCUGCAGGAGCUCUCGCAGAAGUUCGAUGAGCUCGAGCAACAAGGCAAGGAGCGUGUUGCGCAGCUGCAGGACAAGCUCGAGAGACUGGAGGCACGGAACCGGGACCUCGAGAAGCAGCUUCAAAACACAUCCAGCCCAGCUUCUCCUGCCGGCUCCAGUGAUGCUCUCCCGCUUCGAGCGAGCAAGGUUGCCUCGCCACUAAGUGCAACGUUCCCACAACAGAAGAAGGGGGUCGGCAAUCUCAUUGACCGAUUCGGCGGUGGUGGACGCAAGGUCUCUUCAGAACUUCGUGCAGAUGAUUCUCCAGCUGCAUUGCAAGCGUGCCUUCGGUCUGCAGAGAGUCUGCGCGCCAUGCUGCCGGACCUGCCGGCCGCUGCCAAAGGCUCUGCAGACUUGCAGGCGCUGCGCAACGCCUUCCAGGCCAGCAGUGUUUUGCCCAACAGCCCGCCGGCUGCGACGGGGUCCCCAACGUCAAUGCGUUCUAUCCUCAGCGCUGCUAGCUUGCAGGCAGAGCUGGAUGCGACAGCCGAGCGCCUUCGAAGCACAUUGGCCAUCAGCCGAGCUGUCAUCGAUCUGGCUCUUGAAGCGGACGCAGACAAGGAGAACCGCACUCCUUCCGAGCGUGGCAAGGAGCAACAGCAAGCGGUUGUCCGUGCUGAGGCGGACGCGCUGUCCUCACAGCAGGCUCUCGUGACGCGAAUCACUUCGUUGACCGCCAAGGUGAAGGAGCAGACGGAUCGCGAAAAGCGCCUCAAGGCAGAACUCGCAGAGGUGCGCCAGCAGCUGAAUGAGGCUCGGAGCGCCCAACGGGUGCCGUCGUCGCCUUCUGGGCUCACGCUUGGAAAUGACUCGAUGCUCGGCUUAUCCACGUCUCCAGCCAGACCUGUUCUGGCUGAUUUGCUCGGCAUGCCCAAGAGUCUCGGCCGAACGUGCUCGAAUCAGUCGAUGCGGACAUUGACGGGUGAGAAGGCUGUUGUUAUUCCAACUACUGGUGCUGCUUCGCUCGCUCCUCCGCGAUCUCCGUUGGGUAUAGAUUUGCUGCCUUCGCCCACUCGAUCCAACGUCAGCGUCUAUUCUUCGCCGUCAAUCCGGUAUAUUUCGCCGUUUGCGCCUUCGAGCUUCGAGGCACGGACGCCACAGAGUCAAGCGGCGGAAUUACGCAGCACCGGCGUGGAUGACGGCGUUGGCAAUGUUCCGUUUUCGAAUACCUCGUCUUCCAAUACUGCUGAGACGUGGGAUUCGAUGUCGUUGCGAUCAGCCAGCAGUCCGAGCACCACCCAUCCGGGACUGCCCAGCUCCUCGGUCAGCCUUGCCGGCACGUCACAGUCGUCGGCACCAACGCAACACCGUACAGGAGCGGACGCCUCGCCCGGAAACGGUGCUACGCCGAAUGGUAUGGUGAAGCGCACCAUUACGCUUGGCAUGGACGUGCCUCAGCUCGCGUCUCGCGUUCGAGAGCUGGAACGACAGCUUGCGCAGACCGCUUCGAUUCGACAGCGCGCCGAUAGAGUCGUCGAGCUCGAGGCGCAGCUGCGCGAGGCCAAUCAGGCCUACUCGAAGCUGUUGGAUAGGAUGGAUACGGAGCGCGUGAUGGGCACGCAUCAGAAGGUCGAGAUGUUGAACGAGCUCAAUGAUGCGCAGACCAAGCUGCAGACGACCAAGGCGCAGAUCCAGAGGUCUCAGACGCUGUCGCCCUUUGUGUCGCCUAUGGUGGUGACGGCGCCGCUGCCGCCGCCGAAGGAAUGA